UCGUCCUGUGCUACUCCGCGGGAAUGACCCAGUACGACUAUUAUCCCGUCGACGGGAGGGUCCCGGUGGGGCCGGACGUCGGGAGGGGGUUGUGGAAGGUCGUGGAGCGGAGUGUCGGGGGAUUGAGCGGCGAGGAGAUGGAACGGUUGACCGCGUGGGUCCGGAGUGAUGCCGCAAGGGUCCGGGUUGUCGCGGUGUUGGAGGCGAUGGAAAAGGGCGGGGUCAUGAAAGGAAGGCGGUGGACGGCCAGUGACCUUAGGGAGUUGGACGUCCGGAAGCUGCCGAAAGUCAUGCAGUACACGCUGAUCAAAGAGAUGGUCAAGGUGCCGGGUGCGGCCGGCAACCACCCGUUGCUGGCUGCGUACGCGUGACCGUUGCUCCUUAUGCACCACUGGAAUUGACCACUGUAGUCAAUGUAUAAUUCU